AUGAGCAGUUCAGCAGGCACGGUGGCGCAGCGCGGGGCUGCCGCUGUUGCUGAUGUUUCGAGGGGACCGUCGCGCUCCAUGGAGGCCACGACCGGCGCUUUUAGCGCCGCGGCCGCCACCACACCUCUUGCUCCCCUCUCCACAAGAAGACUUCUCGCCGACCACCGCUCGCCGGCCUCCAUGGUGGUAGUGAUUCAGGAGCAGUGGCUGCAACUGUGCGAGUACUUCCAUCGGGUGCAGUGCGCCAACACACACGAUGAGCGGACUAGUCUGAUGAGGGAGCUGUGCACCGUGGAGAAGGGUCUCUCGGUCAUACUGGAUGCGUUGCUGACGGAUCGUGCGAUGCUGGUGGCUAACCAUCCUGCUCUGCAUCAGCACAGCUGGAUCUUUGGGGGCUCCUCCCGCUCCGAAAGUGCACCGCUGCCGCACUACCGCCCCACGCCGCCGCCGCCGCCGCCGCCACCGGAGUCCUCUGGAGACAUGGGAGCCCGCGGCACGGCGGAGACAAUGAUCACUGCCACGCACAUCGGCACCUCUCCGUCCGCCUCGCUGUCGUCGUCGUGCUUGGUGGACGGUCUGGAUGGCGCGUGCUUGGCACUGCCGCCGUGCUACCGUUUCCUCUUCGCCGAUUCUCACAGCGUGCCGAUACCUCCGCCCCCGACGGACGAGAGAGGGGCAGUGUCCAAGACGAAGGACCCCGCUGCCUUCUGCCAUGAGCCCCCACCAAUCGGCAACAUUUUCCUUCUCAUGCUCUGCCAGUACGCCAAGCAGGACGAGCCGCCCGGCGUCCGCUCCGUCAUUCUGGACUUCCUGGUACGUCUACUCCAGGAGGCCGAUUUACCGACGGAUCGCUCCGCCUACCCGACUGGUGAGCAGGCCAUGUCACUGCUGCAGCUCCGCCCGUCCGCGCUCAUUGUGCCGCUGCUAGACAUGGUGCGCAAGGUGAGCAAGGCCCUCGACCCUGCCAACACCGCCGCCCUCCGCCCCACGACGACCUCGACGUCGGCUUCGCCGUCCUCGACAGCGGCGGUGGAGACAUAUCGGUGGGCGAUCGACGACCCGCGCGACGGCACUUUCCUGCAAGACGCUGGCCGCACGCAAUUUGUCAUUUUUCUCAGUACGUUGGCGGAGAAGAUGGAGCGGGUGCCGGCGCUGGCCAACUUCUUUGUCGUGGAGGAUGGCUCACAAAAGCGCGACUUGUUUGUGCUGCUGGACGCGCUGCUGCUCUACCUCACGCACGACUGCAGCGCCCAGGAGUGGACGCACCGGCGCGACACGUGUCGCUUUGCCUUGAGCGCUGUCGUGUCCCUGGCCAAGUGCUCAGAUCCGUGGAUCCAGGACCUCGUUGCCAAGGAGACGCGUGUGGCGUCGCGCACCCUCAACGCUGCCCGCACCACCCUCUUGACGCUAUGCAAGAUCCCCGAAAACGACGACGGCGCGACGCAGCUGCUAUACCUUCGUGAUGUGAUGCGCUUCUGGGCGACAUUGUUAACGAUGGCGCCGUCCGUCGCGGACACGCUGCGUCUGUUACCCCUCAUCGAGAAGGAGUUUGUCUGCCAGACUCUGCUGCCGCUCCUUCAGUCGCCGGACAGCCACGUGUACUCGGCCGCGUGUGUGGUGGUGUCCAACAUACUCGCAGAUCUACAAGGCUCCGCGCCGCCGCUGAAGGUCUGCUUUGCCAAGGCGCUGCUCUCAACGACGAUCCGGAAAGCGAGCGGGCGCAUUGUGCCUCACAAACAGUUUUAUGAGGUGUUGGUGCAGAAUCCGGUCACCGCAGCUUCCGCGACGCGCACGGGCGGCCUUGCGGUGACGCGCGGACAGCAGGAGGAGAAGGCCGCCGCAUCUUUGCCUGAGCAUCCGAUUACAUCGUUCUUCACCUACUACAUCCUCCCGCAUCUCUCCAGCAACCCCUGCCUAUCGGAGGAGGACAAGGAGAGCAGCACCUUGCUAGGCUUCACGACGACACGGUGGUCGGCGACGAAGGCGACGCUGCUACUGGUGCAGACCCUCGCUGAGCAUGUCCCGCACGUGUUUCUGCGUGAGGUGUUCUUGAUGGAUGCCGCAUCGCUAUCGGACGUGCGGCGCAAGCAGAUGGCGUGUGCGCUUCACACCGCCGACUCCGGCGGCUGCAAGGGCGCCGAGUCGUGGGGCAACGCCAUCGCACCCCCGCAUCUCAACAUUCACGAUUGCUUUCUGAGUAAUGUGCUCUCGGCAGCUGCGACUAGCCCCAAGGUAGGGCUGCAGCCCGAUUGCGUCGGGGAAGCUGUGCUGUCGCGACUGCUGCGGGUGGAGUCGAACAUGCCGGUGGCGGCGCUGCGAGCUCGGCAGCGCAUGAUGAGUGCCAUGAAACGGCCGUGCGGCUCCUCUUCCACGGCCGUCACAGCGGCAGCCGAGCCGGUGAACUGCUGGUUUCAUGCCGGUGUGCAGACCUCGCCUUUCAUUACGGCUCUGUGCGAAAUGGUGCAACACCUGGACUCGUCUCCAUACACGGUCAGCUCCCUUGUGACCGACCUCGUCGUGUCCAUCGCCGUCAUGCCAGACCUACGCGUGCUACACACGCUCUUGGACUCGAAGCGGGGGCCGCUGGUGACGGCCCUCUGCGGGUUGCGCAGCGUCCUGCAGGGUCACUUGGAAAGAAAGGUCACGGAGACCAGCCCGGUUAAGAAGAAUAUGAGUGGCAGUGGGCCAUCGGCGAGCACCAACACCGCCCCCCGCCCGCUUGCCGUCUCCAUUCCGUUUCUGUACGACAGGCUGCUGCAGCACUGGGACCUUCUCGUCGACGACGACACGGAGAGAGCCCCGAGUCCAGUCACAUCAAACCACUCCUCACGCGACUCUGAGGUGUCUGCCGAGGCGCUUCGUGAGGCCAUUAGAGAACACGGCAACGUGCUGCACGUCUGCCUCUACUCCGAGUACCUGCAUGCUUACUUGGACGCCGUCAUUGGCUACACAGCCCUGUCGCAGAACUUGAUGUUCCUCAAGGUGUCCGGCUGUGUCGGUGGCGAUGCGGCCGUAACGUAG